GGUCUGCAAGUCUCAGCAAGGGCACAUCUUCCAAGUAGACAACAAGAGACAGAUUUCAAGUUUGAAAUUUUUUUCACGGAGGAGUUCUUUUAUUUUGUCCCUGUUGCCCGACGGACAGGUUCAGUAAUGAGAUCUUGCGCUUUACUUGUGUGUCUCCUUUGGGGGGUUAGCAUGCAGGGUGGAUGGAGCCUUCCUCUGAAGUCAGUCCAUGUCACGUUUCCAGGAGACAUCAUCAAAAACAUGACUGAUAUGCAGUUGGCUGAAAUUUACCUGAAUAAGUUUGGAUACAUGAACACCUUCCGACGCAGCGGCUUCCAAUCACUGGUGUCCACCUCCAAUGCUCUGAAGAAGAUGCAGAAGCAGAUGGGUUUGAAGGAAACUGGUCAGCUGGAUUCUGCAACUUUGGAGGUCAUGAAGCGGCCUCGCUGUGGCCUGCCUGACGUGGCCAACUACAAAACAUUUGACGGAGACCUUAAAUGGGAUCAUAAUGAUGUCACAUACAGGAUUGUCAACUACUCUCCAGACUUGGACAUCGCUCUGACUGACGAUGCUUUUGCCAGAGCGUUCAAGGUGUGGAGUGAUGUGACUCCUUUGACGUUUACCCGCCUCUUUGAAGGGACAGCCGACAUCAUGGUAUCAUUUGGAAAAGGAGAUCACGGAGACCCCUACCCCUUUGAUGGAAAAGAUGGCCUCCUGGCCCAUGCGUAUCCCCCUGGUGAGGGUGUGCAAGGGGACGCCCACUUUGAUGAUGAUGAAAACUGGACACUGGGAAAAGGACCAGUUGUGAAGACUCGAUUCGGUAAUGCGGAGGGUGCUGUUUGCCACUUUCCCUUCACUUUUGAGGGCAAAUCGUACACAACGUGCACCUCUGAUGGCCGUUCAGAUAACCUCCCAUGGUGCUCCACCACAGCUGACUUCAACAGAGACAGAAAAUUUGGCUUCUGCCCAAGUGAACUGCUAUACACUUUUGGAGGAAAUGCCGACGCAGCCCCUUGCGUCUUCCCAUUUAAGUUCCUGGGGACAGAGUACAACGGCUGUACCACAGAGGGCCGCAAUGACGGCUACCGCUGGUGUUCCACGACAGACAACUUUGACAAGGACAAGAAAUAUGGAUUCUGUCCUAGUAGAGACACUGCUGUAUCUGGUGGAAAUUCCGAGGGAGAGCCGUGUCACUUUCCCUUCACAUUCCUGGGUCAGCAGUACGACACGUGCACCAGCGAGGGGCGCAGUGACGGAAAACUGUGGUGCGCUACAACCGGCAGCUACGACGAGGACACGAAAUGGGGCUUCUGUCGCGAUGCCGGAUAUAGCCUCUUUCUAGUGGCCGCCCAUGAGUUUGGACAUGCCCUCGGUCUGGAUCACUCCAGUAUUCGGGAUGCACUUAUGUAUCCCAUGUACAGCUAUGUGGAAAACUUCUCCCUGCAUAGAGACGAUAUUCAAGGCAUUCAGUAUCUAUAUGGACGCAGAGAACGCCCAGACCCUACACCUCCUAUGCCUCACACCCCAACCACGGCCACGACCCCAUCUGAACCCACUACCACCACCCCAAAACCUGUUGAUCCAACCAAAAAUGCCUGCAAAAUUACCAAAUUUGACACCAUCACUGUUAUCAGAAACAAUCUACAUUUCUUUAGUGACGGAUAUUACUGGAAGAAAUCCAUCAGAGAUAAUGGGGACGUCAAAGGUGCAUUCAGAAUUGCUGAGGAGUGGUCAGCUCUGCCUGCAGUCAUCGAUGCUGCCUUUGAAGACGUUGUCACCAAGAAAUUAUACUUCUUCUCUGGGCGCCAAUUCUGGGUUUACAGCGGAAAAAAUGUUCUUGGCCCCCGCAGCAUAGAGAAACUUGGCCUCCCUAGUAGCCUGCAGAAGGUGGAGGGAGCAUUGCAGAGGGGGAAAAACAAAGUUCUGCUCUUCAGCGGGGAUAAAUACUGGAGAUUUGAUGUGAAGACCCAAACCGUUGAAAAAGGUUACUCCCGAUACACACACACUGUUUUCGGUGGUGUUCCCAACACGCCCCAGGAUGUGUUCCAGUUGAAAGGGCACGUCUACUUCUACUGGGACCAAUUCUACUGGCGCAUGAACACCCGCCGGCAGGUGGAUCGUGUUGGUUAUGUCAAAUACGACAUCCUCAAGUGCUCGGAUGAAAUCGGGGAGAGCCUAAUCAUGGAUUCAGAGGAGAAUGAGGUGGAAAGCAGCAGUGAUGCAGGACCCUCUGGGAUGGAGGAGCCGUCUGAAAGCGGCAUGGGCAUGGAAUCAUCUGAGGCCAUGUCUGCAGACAGCAGUGAUGCUGCCUCCUCUCAUGCACAAGCACCAGACUCCGACUGUCAAGUAGGACAGAGCUCAGAGGGACUUGUAGUCUUCAUCCCAGAGACCAGCUCGAGUACAGAUGUCAGAGUGUCAUCAGUUCACCUUCCAGACUCGUCCUCAGUGGCCCAGUCCACCAGUGUGUCCAGCGUGUCCACAGUGACUCAGUCAGUGCUGGUAUCGGAGUCAGCCCAAGUAAUCGUCCACUCCAGUGCUGUGUCAGAGGGAGCUAUGAUGGUUUCAGACUCGACUGCCUCUACCUCAUCAGACCUUGGCUCUGCCAUAGACAAGAUCAUUGAGUCCACCAUCGGUCCUGACAUCAUGAAUGGUUGCAUCGCAGUGACUAGUGCAGAAGAUAGGGAUGCAGAACCGACCCAAUAUCUCAUACUACAAGGUCCAGAUGAUGGUGCUCCCAUGGUAGCCCACAUGUCAUCCUCAGCCUUGUCCAAUCGCAUAACCAUAGAAGCACUCUCUGAGGGUCCCACAUCCACCUGCCGGGACCAGGGAGACCUGCAGAGUAACUUGGAGCCCGACCAACCUGACGAUCAGCCUGGACACUCCGGUUACCCAGAGGACAGCGGCAAUCAGCCUGAUCAGCCCCAACACUCUCACCCCUCCCAGUAUAUGGACUGCAGUGCAGAUGGCCCAGACCAAACAGGGGAGUCCUCAUCAUCCUAUGUGGAGUGUUCAGGUGAAGAACCUGACCAGACGCGCUCACAGUCAGGCUUCCCGGACUACAGUGGAGAGAACAGUGACCAAGACCUGCCUGGAUACGUAGAAUGUAGCAGGGCGGAUUCAAACCCCACCAGCCAGGGGCACUGUGUGGUGGAGUGCAGUGCUGGGUAUCUAUGUGCUGUGGACGAUGAAGAGCUGCCACAUAAUUCACGCGCCUACAUCGACAGCAGUGCAGAUCACGGGACCCAGUCAAGCCGGCAGUAUUCAGUUGAAUAUAGCGGCGAGUGUGUUGCAGCUGCCGACUCCGAGCAACCUGGGUGUUCGCAGUAUCAAGCAAGGAAUGGUGGGGAUGACGACGAAGAUGAUGAUCGUAACCAAGUUCCCGAUCAGCCGCAGCACUCCCAACAGCAGCCCCAGCAUUCUUGUUACACCGAGAACAGCAAUGGCCCUGAUGCAUCUCUCUAUACCGAUGACAGCUCCUCGUCAGACCACCCUGUGGUUGACACCGCAGAUUCAGGGGGGGUCCCCGAGGCAUUGGACUGCAGCGAGAGCCAGCCAGGUCCAUACAUCAGCAGUAGUGGCACCUAUAUCGCCAUCCCAGAACCCGGGGUGGCCCCGCAUUGCUCGGAUGAGCCUCAGGGUUCCCGGCAGCCUCAGGAGGAAGCUGCAGCAGGCCAGGAAAUGGAGACAUCGGCAGUGGCAGAAGGCCCUGGAAACCGUCCGCCCAACCUGGCUGAGUUGGAGGAGUUGAUGGAAGUCGUGAUUGUGCAACAGUUCAAGUGCAAGAUGUGUCCGUAUAAGAGUGUCUCUAAAGAUACGCUCAUUAACCACAUGAGGGACAAGCACUUUAAACCUACAAGGGAUUUGCAAACAAAGCGUAAACGUGGACGACCUCCCAAAAGUGCUGCACCGGCCCGUCAAGCUGCGGAGAAGAAGGCAACACCGGCGUCCGGGUCUGCUAAAGCAGAGGAGGAGGAAGAUGACGUACCUGAUGCCGGUGCUCUUGAUGAUUCUGAAGUGGAUAGUGACUACAAACCGAUGGAAGAGGACUGCGAAGUUAAACUCUCAUCCAGUUUGAAACAAAAAACUCCUCCUAUCUCGUCCUCCUCGCAAUCUCGUCCAAGACGUAAAAUUGGCCGCCCGAGGAAAUACAUCCUUCUGGAAGAAGAGGACAGCAGCAAAGAGGCAGAGAGUUUAACAAAGAAUGCCGAUCCAAGUGCUGCUGAUGAGGCGAGCUCCUCUGGCCUAGACAAUGACAGCCCUGCUCUGGGGACUGAUGGGGACACAGCAGAGGCAGCAGUAAGCCAAUCGGACUCUGAGAACAAAGACCCAUCGUCCAACCCGCAGCCAGAAGAGUUUUUUGAGAGAAAACGUGGUCGUCCCUCCAAGUGCUUUCUUCGCAAGAAGUACAGGAAGCAUUUGAAUCGAAAUCAGUACUACAAAUCUCUCAAACCGCUCCUGAGACCUCACAGUUGCUGUAUCUGCGGCUCUCGCUUCCUCACGCAAGAUGAUCUGCGCUUCCACGUGAAUUCCCACGAGGGCAACGACCCAGAACUUUUCAAAUGCCUCCAGUGCAAUUAUCGCUGCAAGCGCUGGUCCUCUCUCAAGGAGCACAUGUUCAAUCAUGAAGGUACAAAACCUUUCAAGUGUGAGACGUGCGAUUAUUCAAGUGUCUACAGAAAAGAUGUUGUUCGUCACUCAGCAGUUCAUAGCAAAGACAAGAAAAAGAAGAAAAUAAUGGUGAUGACAAUGUCCGAGUUUCCAUGUCCUGUUUGUCACAAGGUUUACCCCAUGCAAAAGAGGCUCACCCAGCAUUUAAAGACCCAUAGUGCAGAGAAACCACAUAUGUGUGACAAGUGUGGUAAAUCCUUCAAGAAGCGGUACACGUUCAAAAUGCACCUCCUUACCCACAUUCAGACUCUGGGAGACAGCAAGUUCAAGUGUGAGUUUUGUGAUUACACUUGUGACAAUAAGAAGCUGCUGCUGAAUCAUCAACUAUCCCACACUAUCGACAGACCCUUCAAGUGUGAUUACUGUAAAUACUCUACUUCCAAAGAAGAGUUCCUAGUGUCCCACCUGGCCAUUAAACACACAGGAGAGAAGCCUUUCUGCUGCAACAUGUGUCACUUUGUGACAAAGCACAGGAAAAACCUGCGAUUACACGUGCAGUGUCGCCAUCCGGAAGCUUUUGAUGAGUGGUCCAUCUCUCACCCCACGGAACCCACAAAGAGACGACGCAAGCCUUUUUUCACCUUGCAGCAAAUGGAGGAGCUUAAGGAGCAACAUGAAGAAGGAACGCAAGUCUUGCCCAACACCAUUGUUUCAGUGGAUCCUGUAGCUCUUCAGGCCAUUCAGAGGAUGGGUAAUGCCUCCGUGUCUCAAGAUGCGCAUGGAAACACCACCAUCAUCUAUGAACAAGGUGAAUCUGGUAAUCUCUCCUCCCAGAAUGCCCUGAGCCUGCUGCUGAAUAUGAGCAAUGCUCGAGAAUUGGUUGGAAACUCCCUACAAGUGGCGGUGCUGAAGUCAGAUGGCAGUGCUGAAGUUGAAGGUUUGGAGAAGGGAAAGUGGAGUGCGGUCUCCGCAGCCCCGGGCCAGGCCCAGAAGGUCGUGACCGUCCACGUGUCCGAGAACGGAGAGACCGUUCUGCAAGAGGACUAUGAGGAAACCGCCUCUGGGACAGGAGAUCUGGCUCAGUUUUCUAUAGAAACCUACGAGGACGAAGGGGUGUACAAUGUGGUGGAGCAGGUGACAGAAGAAGUCCAAAGCUCUGAAUGCAGUAAAGAGACAAACGAGUCUUCUCAUGCUGCAGAGGAGCCCGAAGCACAGAACCUGAAAAAUGACAAGUUCUACCUUGCUACCGGACUGCCUGAUGGUGUUCUGCAACAGGUGGAGCUGAGUAGUGAAGCUCCCUCCUCUCCCCCUGCCAUGAGCUCCCCUAGUGUCAGCACCAAGCGGUUCUCCUGCCGCAUAUGCUUGGAAUCUUUCCACGGCCGUUCUGACAUGGAGAACCACAAGAGGGCGCACCUGGAUUCCAACACCUUCAAGUGCCCUGACUGUGAUUUCAUCUCAAGCUCUUGGCCUGAUGUUAAGGUUCACAUGGAGCUGCAUUCCUACUUGCGGCCUCACAAGUGUUCCUUUUGCAGCUUUGCCUCCAAGAACAAGAAAGACCUGCGCAGACACUUGCUGACCCACACCAAGGAAAAGCCAUUUUCUUGCAAACUUUGUGGGCAAAGCUUCAACCGCAACGGCCACCUAAAGUUCCACAUGGAGCGUCUCCACAACCAGGAACACCCCACUAAAAAAAGCCGCACCGUCACAUCCCAGCAGACUAUCAUAGUCAACAGUGAUGAAGAGGCUCUUGCUACAUUACAGUCCCUGCAGGCCCAUCAGACAGUCAUCAGUCCAGAUCAACUGCAGUCUCUUGGCCAGGAGCACAUCAUUGUAGCCCAAGAUCAGUCUCUACCAGACCAGGAAGAGGGGACGUACAUCCAGCAAAUAACCACCAUAGAUGGACAGACGGUCCAGCACCUUAUGACAGGAGAAAACCAGGUCACGGAGGUCCAGUAUAUCAUCUCCCAGGACGGAGUGCAGCACUUGAUCCCACAGGAGUAUGUUGUAGUAGCAGAUGGCAAUCACAUACAGAUGCAAGAUGGACACAUCAUCCAGUAUGAGCACGAAGGAGUCUUCCUGCAGGAGCAACAGAUCGCAGUAAGCCAUGACAGUCAGAUCCAGUACUUGCCUGCCAGUUCGGACGAGCAAGAUAUGGAGGCCGCCGCCCACUCUGCUGUCACAGCAGUAGCAGACACAGCGAUGGCACAGGCUCAAGCCGUCUACACGGAAGCAACACCUGAGCAGUUGGAGCAACUUCAGCAGCAGGGCAUCCACUACGACGUCAUUACCUUCACAGAAGAGGGAAGUUAUGGCAUUAUUUCUGAUGACAAACGUGCAAGAAGGAUCACAUUUCCCGGGCACCAUGCUGCUAAAUUUACACCUUCCUCUUUUGUUUGCAAGGACGCGUCUAAAAAGAGAAUAAGACGUUCAAAACUAGUCAUCUACCUUGAAAAAUACUUUCAGAAUGAAGUUGUCCUUCGUCUUCCUUCUUUUGUUAGACCUGGCUUUUGUUUUUCAGAGAUCGCUGGGUCAAGAGCGAUGCAGACGGUUGAGGAGUUUGGCAACAUUUUUCUGAGACUUGACUUCCCAUCGUUUUAUAAUGCAAAUAUCAAGUCGUGCUGUAAGGUUUAUCCAAGUGGAUGUCAUGCCCUUCUGGACAGUUCAGGAUACACCCAUCAGUUUUUGAGAGGAAGAGUCACCAAGUUUGAAACAGACAGUUGGAUUGUGUUCAAAAUAUCAAAGGUUGGGAUUCUUGACGGAGGCCACUACAGAUGUGCGGUGAUGAGCGCUCCAAACUACAUGUACACAGAUUAUGUUUUUCAGGUGUCUGAAGCUUCAGUUGACCACAACCAGUCUAAGGACACGCUGUUCAAAACCGCUCAAGACCCCGUCAUGCCGAGCACAAGUCCAGAGUCGACUGGUACACAAGUAGCUCGGGAGCACAGCGAGCCUCCCACGACUGUCUGGACGUUUGGUCCACUGGUAGCUCUCGUUGUGUCCGUGAGUUUCAUCAUUGCUGUCUCCUCUUUGAUUGGAGCCGUUUUCUUUGGACUCAAGAUUAAAUCCAAACAGUUAGACAAGUAUGGAAACUGUCUGCAUGAGUCACCCAAACAAGAGGCCACAGAGACGGCCGCAGUGAUCUACACUACCGUGGACUUCAGUCCUCAGGAUGGACCCGCCGAGCUGUAUGCCAACGUGAAUGUGCACAAGACGCGCAGAGGAUGCUCUCUCCCCCCUGGGGGGGCUGAGCCGGAUGGCGGCGUGGAGUACUCCAUACUUGCAAUGCACCAAUGAAAGUGGAACGUUGUGUGAUAACACCUCACCAUGGGCAGGAGGCAAAUGUUUUUGUUAUCACGGUUUUGCGGUGGACAGUGUAUUCUUUUGGCCUGAUUUACUAGCGUGUGCAAUCUCUAAAAAAGCACGUACCGUAUUUUUUGGAGUAUAAGCCGCUCCGGAGUAUAAGUCGUACCUGCCGAAAAUGCAUAAUAAAGAAGGAAAAAAACAUAUAUAAGUCUCAUUUUUUGGGGAAAUGUAUUUGAUAAAACCUAACGCCGAGAAUAGAGAUUUGAAAGGCAAUUUAAAAUAAAUAAAGAAUAGUGAACAAUAGGGUGAGUAAGUGUACGUUAUAUGACGCAUAAAUAAUCAACUGAGAAGGUGCCUGGUAUGUUAACGUAACAUAUUAUGGUAAGAGUCAUUCAAAUAACGAUAACAUAUAGAACAUGCUAUAUGUUUACCAAACAAUCUGUCACUCCUAAUCGAUAAAUCCCAUGAAAUCUUAUAUGUCUAGUCUCUUACGUGAAUGAGCUAAAUAAUAUUAUUUGAUAUUUUACGGCAGGGGUGUCAAACUCAAAUACAGAGUGGGCCAAAAUUUAAAACUGAACAAAGCCGCGUGCCGAGGUUGAACAAAUUAACCUUUUAAUAUGGACCCAAACCAGUUUUGCAAUGAAUUUUGAACAAGAAAGGCUUAAAUAGGGCAGCACGGUGGAACAGGGGUUAGUGCAUCUGCCUGAAAAUACGAAGGUCCUGAGUAAUCCUGUUUCAAUCCCGGGCUCGGGAUCUUUCUGUGUGGAGUUUGCAUGUUCUCCCUGGGACUGCGUGGGUUCCCUCAGGGUAUUUGGGCUUCCUCCCAUGGAACAAGCAGAGCUUAUGUAACGUAAUAGUGAAAAAUCAACUUUCAAAAAACAUCAGUGGUAUAUUAAAUCAAAUGUAAUUAAAAAAAAUAAUUCCUCUUUUCUAUUUGGAGCUUUCUGAGGUAAAUAUCAACAUUAACUUUUUCCACAGGCUAAUAAAUUCAAAAAUAAAAUAAAAAUGGGGUGGGCGGGGUUUGGUAGUAGCGGUGGGUGUAUAUUGUAGCUUUCCAGAAGAGUUAGUGCUGCAAGGGGUUCUGGGUAUUUGUUCUGUUGUGUUUAUGUUGUGUUACGGUGCGGGAGUUUUCCCGAAAUGUGUUUUGUCAUUCUUGUUUGGUGUGGGUUCACAGUGUGGCACACAUUUGUAACAGUGUUAAAGUUUUUUAUUCGGCCACCCUCAGUGUGACCUCUAUGGCUGUUGACCAAGUAUGUGUUUGUGAAAGCCGCAUAUAUUAUGUGACUUGGCCAGUACGCUGUUUAUAUGGAGGAAAAGAGGACGUGACGACAUGUUGUAGAGGACGCUAAUGGCAGUGCCUUUAAGGCACGCUCCCAAUAUUGUUGUCCGGGUGGAAAUCGAGAGAAUGGUUGCACAGGGAGAUUUUCGGGAAGGGGACUAAACUUCGGGAGUCUCCUGGGAAAAUCGGAAGGGUUGGGAAGUAUGAGUAUUAGCGGUGAAUGUGGUGUUACCGGCAGGCCAGCCCUAAUGUUAAUUUGAUAUUGCCUCAAGGGCCAAAUUAAAUUAAACGGCGGGCCAUAUCUGGCCCGCGAGCCAGAGUUUGACACCCAUGUUUUACGGUAAUGUGUUAAUAAUUUCACACAUAGGUCGCUCCUGAGUAUAAAUCGCACCCCAAGCCAAACUAUGAAAAAACUAUGACUUAUAGUCCAAAAAAUACGGUACUAUUAGUUGGCGUGUUGCAAGUGAUUUACUAAGACUGUGUGUGCAAUUGUUAAAGGGGGAACUGAAGUUUUUGGGGAAUUUUGUCUAUCGUUCACAAUCAUUCUUAGAGACUAGAACACACAUGCCUUUUUUGGGGGGUUUUUAAAGAUAAAAAACGCUUGGAAGAUGUGGCUAAAUGGAGUCACUGUUGUUGACUUCAAAACCCUCUCAAACAACUUCAAAACCCUCCACCAACGUUUUGUAUACACACUGCAAGUCUAUAUAUGAUGUAGUUUUUAUUGAUUGAGGUUUUUAUUAGUAGAUUGCACAGUACAGUACAUAUUCCGUACAAUUGACCACUAAAUGGUAACACCCGAAUAAGUUUUUCAACUUGUUUAAGUCAGAUUCAGAAGUAGGGGAAAUUAAGAUUUUCAGCACAAUGAAAUUCAAGAUCAGACAAACAUUACAGGGAGACAGAACAGGAUCGCUGACAGGUCUGCCAACUUUCGGUGCUCCUUACAAAAAAGGUGAGAAACAGGUAAACACUUUGGGGACGGGGAGGGGUGUGUAAGAGGGAAACAUCAAAGAACACAAAGGAUAUUAAGGCCAUGUCAACACUAAGUCAUUUAACCCCUUUAACGAAUAAUCAUUUAGCCUAAACCCCGUUUAGGCCACACUAAAUCAGCGUUUAAGGUCCCCCUCCUCGGACAAACUUUUACACGGGUAAGUCAGCCGUGUAAUUCUUGAAUCUCCAGCACUUAGCUUUGUAUGGACUCAUUGAUUGUUUACAAAGUGAGUUCGGAGAGGAAGUGACGCCAGAAAGACCGUAUCCACACCACAGGAAGUGACACCAGAAACAAUGCGCCAGAGCCAACUUCAUAACAAAGAUAGAGGCGGAUCGUGCAGACAUGCCCGUGUUUCUCCUUCUUCUACGUGUACAGUUGCUUUUGGAAAUCACACAUGAAUACCUUAAAAGAAGGCAACGGGCGAUUGCAGCUAUUUCGGAUACAACACUUCUCAGACGGAAAGAGAACUUUCAAACUUUCGAACAGUCAGCUGUGAUUCUACUUACCAGAAACCUUGGUCCUUCCCUACCGUGGAUGUGAUCGUGACAGGCAGUGUGUGACUACAAAUAUUGCUUUAUGAAUGUGACUUUAAAAUGGCCAGGCAGUGUGCAUGAUGCCCGCAUCUUCGCUAACUCCGCCAUUAGCGCGCAGCCGAAAGAUGGAACCAUCCCCUCGAGUCCCAAACAGUUUAUCGCGUUGUCUACUUUCUCAUGUCGAUUAAAGAUUUUAUUAAUUUA